GUGUGUAUGUGUAAAACCUACGUGUGCGUUCUUAUACGCAGUUGGUCUUACCGCGGACGACAGAGGACUCUCGUCUCUACAGGGUGGAGAGUCUUUUGAUCUGACUCAACAAGUCCCCAGAUUGCAAUACAGAAGAAAAUUACUCGCAUUCUCAAGCACGUCUGGAAUACAUACGUUACGUUCCUCAAGAAUUUAGCUACUCGAAAGUUCAUCAAAAUGGGCUGGAACACCAACGUUGUCCGCCAUGUCGUUUGUUGGUUUACAUUCGUCUGUUUGAUCUCUGUAACACAAGGAGCGGAGAACAAUGGCAUUAUCCCAGCAGGAGCUUCUGAACCAGAAAAAACAACGUAUUACAACAUGUGGCAGCAAGUCCCAGAACGUAUCCGUCAGCUUGAAGCUCUUCAGACAAACCAGACGUUUCGAGAAGAUGUUGAUCACGUGAUGCGAAGUUUGAACACACUGAGAGAAAUUCCGGAGCUGAAUCGACUAAAGGGUACCAAUUUCGAGAAUUUGUUGCGGGACGAUGUGUCGGAGGCGGUGAGAAGUAUUGUGAACAGUGGAUUUUUGGCGGGGUCUUCGGAUCAGCAAGUUCCUUCUCAGUGUGUGAACGACACGGGUAGGAUUCUUACUGCUCUCACCAGUGGAGAGGGAUGGGCAGAACAAACCACUCAUGAAAGCAUCCUGGGGCUUAUGUUUUCCUGAUACGUGCAAGCAGUGGCAAAUCUGGGUUCUGAUGAACGACACCCUGGCGGCCCUGAACUUGACGAACAAGGUCAGCCUUAGCGGUGUGGAGAUCAGAACGGAUAAGAGGGAGAUCACCACAGCGACAACGUUAUCGAUAGUCAUUUUGAGCAUCAUCGGAUUCUUUAUGAUUGUGGGAACGAUUUACGACAUCAUCUUCAUACAACGGCCUCUCUGGGCUGCCUCCAGGAAUCAGCAGGCAGACCUUCUAACCAACGACAAUGAAAAAUCUCGUAAUGGUUACCGCUCAAUCGUCGAGAGUACUGAGGUUUCUAGAGGAGAGACAAUACCUCUCGUGGGCACGCCAGAACGGAAGACUGAACCAGUAAACCCCACUGUCCUGUUCGACUUUUUGAGCAGGUGGACAUUUGACGUGGUGGCCAACGCUCUUGUUUCUGUUGAUACUUUUUUCACACUCAGACUGACUCCCCCCUACAUGCUGACGCUGUUGCUGGUCCUGGGCUUACAAAGGUUCUUCGGGUCUGGAGCUCUGUGGAGCAACGUGCAGCCAGGAGACAAGACAUCUUGUGAGAACAGCUGGUGGACACAUCUACUCUACGUCAACAACAUCGUCAAGUCCGACGAAACGUGAGCACUUAAUGGAUUACUUGAAAGACUACUACUUCGCCCCGUGGUGCCGCAUUGGACCUUUUGUGGUUGGCAUCGCUACAGGGUACUUCUUGGCGAUCUAUCGUGGUCGAGUACCUCUGACCCGGGUGGGUCUCACAUCUUUAUGGGUGCAGUCUCUUAAACUGUACUGUUUCUUGAAUGUGACGUUGUUUAUCUUCCUAAGUAGGCGCUAUUUGUUUUUCCCUGUUGUAGGAUAUUUGUGUUUUCUUCCAUGGUUGCUGGGUUUCCUACUUUGUUUAAGAAUGCUUCUAACAAUAUUGUGUGUUUGCAGUACUUUGUAGAAUCCAAAAGCUGUUUCGAACCGUCAUUCGACAUUUAAAAGCCUACUUCCAAAAGGGACUUCAGGCUUGACAUAAUCACCUCAUCACCUUAUUCUGGGAGGGGGCGAUGUUCUUGAGUCCUCAUUAUAAAAUGAGUUUAAAAGGGGUUUCUCGUGAGACUUUAUUGGGCCCCGCUUGUUGCCCCUGAGAAAAUGGAGCCCACUGACGUACUUCUCGUACAUGCCUUGUUGGUCUAGCAGGUUCCAAAAGGAGGACUUUAAGCCUUUUAGUUCCAGUCUGUGACGGUGCUCGCAUUACAACUUGGAUUUUACAAGAUAUAAUUUCUUGUAUGGGAACGCGCUGAAGCAAAAGGCUGCUGCUUGUAUUUGUACCUAUUCAUGUGACAAAGCUUGUGGUUUGUCUGAAAAUCUAAUAUCAACUGCUCUCAUUUGUGUGCGAGACUAUACUCUUCCAGGGCUUCUCUUCUUCUUAGCACCUUUUCGCCAGGAUGGGAUUUUCUAGGGCCUGCUUGCAACUGUUAAUAUACAAAGGGUUUUAAAACGAUGUGCUUGCAUAAUAUAUUUGCUUUAAAUUACCAUCACCAUC